GAGAGGAGGAGAGGAAGAGACAUCGCUACUGCUGCUGCUGCUGCUCACACACACACGCACACACACACAGACCAUGGAGAACAGACUUGAACCCAAGGCUGAGCAUAUCCCCUGACUGCAUCCAGAGACAGCAAUGGACCGGGCUUGGAGAGGAGUAGGCGAGGGACUAACGGGGUACGCUGCUCCUGUUGCCACUCGUUAGCAGGCGGCUGCUCGCUGUGCUGUGCUUUGCCGUGCCAUCUCUAUCUCCCCCUGCCACAAGGAGGGAAUUCUUCACUCGUCUCCUCUGGAGAGCACAGCCCUCUGUUAAUAUUUGAUACAGUGCUUCCAUGCAGUAGGAAAGGAAACGGAGGCUGGAUAGAACAGGGCUUUGCGUUGGAUCUGAUACAGGUCAUUUUGGAUGGUCAUGAGGACAGCGGUUGGAUUUACAAGAUAUCUGGCACUCCACAAGGACAUACAAUAUUUUAGCUUGGCAUGACUGCAUGUAAGGACAAGUCUUAUCAAGAAUCUUCUCUGUCCCUCAGGGCUGACUUUCAGAACUCAUAAGCAUUUUAUGUGCUUGUUGUUGGACACAAUUGGAUUUUAACACUGUUGUGCUUCGCUGCAUCUGGAGGAAAGAAAUAGCUUAAACAUUGCCCUCCAUGGUUUCUGCCCAUCUUAAAAAGCUAUCAUCUUACAUUAUAAAGAUUUGUAAAGGAAUGUUUACAAAGAAACUGGCAAAUACUACAAAGAAGAAAGAGAGCAGUGAAACUAAAAAAGAACCCAAAUUGACCCCUGAAUCGCAUGCUCGGAAUCCAACAUUGUCCACGGCUCUAAAAAGCACAGUGAGAAAAAUAUCCAAAUGCUCCUCUGCACGCAACAUUUCUCUUGAAGACGACGACGGAAAAGCGGACUGCUCUUCUCUUUCUCCAACCUUUAGUUACCGUGUAGCCAUCGCUAACGGACUACAGAAAAAUGCUCUCUUGAACAAUAAUGAAACUGUCUUUCACGAGGUCUUGUCCAUUGAUAGUAGUUACUCUGACUCUCUAAGUGAGGCCAAACUUGUCCAUAGAUUCGAUGAACAAAAAGCUUUUACCAUGCCAGUGAGAAGGAACAGGAAGAGCCUGAUCAGCCUUGCCCCCUCGGACGGGAGUUCAGAGGGUGAGCGGGUUGAACGCUCCAGUUUGCAUACACUUCGGCUUGGUGCACUGCGAAAGCUGAGAAAAUGGAAGAAGAGUCAGGAGUGUGUCUCAUCCGACUCCGAGGUAAGCAACUGGAGGAAGACUCUGGGUAUCAGGAGCAAGUCUCUGGACAGGGCCGGCCGUCAGCAAAAGACCCCCAACCUGGAGCCUGGCUCCAGUUCCACAGGCUGCAUCAGUCAGACCCAGGAUGUGAUGGAGAUGAUCUUUAAGGAGCUCCAGGGAAUCAGCCAGAUUGAGACCGAACUCACUGAGCUACGAGGCCACGUCAACGCACUCAAGAACUCCAUUGAUGAGAUCUCUAGUAGUGUGGAGGUUGUGCAGACUGAAAUUGAGCAGCUCCGCACUGGCUUUGUGCAGUCGAGGCGAGAGACACGCGACAUACACGAUUACAUCAAGCAGAUUAGCCAUCAGACCAACAAAUCUACACUGAGAUUUCUAAAUGUGCCUGAGGACAAGUUUGAAAAAACAGAGGAUCUCAUUUAUCAAAUUCUGAGGGAGAAAAUGGGUUUUGCCGAAGCACACAAGACACUAAAAAUUGAACUGGCCCAUAGAUUAGGACAACAAAGAGAAUGUUCGAAUGCAAAACCUCGCCCUAUUAUAGUUAUUUUUUCAUCCCCACCAGACAGGGAUUUAGUUUUAAAAAAGAGCUAUAAACUUAAAGGAACAGGUAUAUCAAUCUCUACUGAUGGCUUUGGCCAAGAAGCAAAAGAGAAGAAAGAGAAAGGGAUUAGCUCCUCACAAACUUAUGAGAGUAUGGAUAUCAAAAUUUCAGCCAAGGAGAAAGCGAUGACUGAGAGUGAUGACUGGGACUCGAUGGAAAGUGAUAAAGAGUUAGAUGAACUUAGCAAAAAUAAAUAUGCAAUGGUCACCAAGCCAGUCCAUAAAAGUAAGUCAGACAAAAAAAAGUCUCAUGACCGUUCUGAUGACACGGCAUAUGUCAGCUCAGUGCAUUAUGCUGACGAUAGCUACGAUGACCCUGAUAAACAGAGCAAGCCUUAUUAUACAGACAUAACCCCUGGAUGGCUCUCUCAAAGCGAAUACUCAACACCUAAACUCAGCCGCUCUGAGUCUGACUGCUCCAAACUAUGCCAGUCUUACUCAGAGGACUUCUCUGAGAGCCAGUACCUCAGCAGAACCAAUGGAUGUCUUCUUUCUUCUUCAGAUCAGGAGCUAUGGCAAAGGAAACAGGAGGACAUGGCUUCAGCUUGGUAUGCAAGUCCUCCCAGUCAGACCUUGAGCCAGGAAACCCCACCCUAUGUAGAGCCAAAUGAAUUGGAGACGACUGAAACCAUUGACAGUGGUGUAAGCAAUGGACUGGUCUGCAUGUCAGGAGACCGCAGCCACUAUAGUGGCUCGCAGAUUUCCCUGCAAGGUGAUCUCUCUCCAUGGAAGGACUGGCAUCACUUAGAACAAGGUGCAGACUCUGGCCUUGAUGCGUCCACUGAUCAGAACAUAGUUUCAGAGGUCAGUAGCCCCUUUGACCCAUCAGCCAAUCCUGGCUUCCCAGAGAACAUCACAAAAUGUCUGGAGGUGGAUUUGCAGUUUGAGGGGGAAAACUACAUGACACUCGACAGCACGCCGUCCACUGAGCCUGUAGUCGACAGUGAAAUUGUGGUUGAAGGUGAACUCAUGAUUGAAAGUGAGCCUCUGAUACAGAGCAAGCCAGUGAUGAUAACCAAACCAUUGAAAGAAAGCAAGCCUAUUAGAGAGAGCAAACCAGUCAAAGAGAUCCAACCAGUUAAAGAGAGCAAACCAGUUAAGCAAAACAAGCCUGUUAUAGAAAGCAAACCAGUUAAGGAAAACAAGCCUGUUUUAGAGAACAAACCAGUUGUGGAAAGCCAACCAGUUGUGGAAAGCAAACCAGUUGUGAAAAGCCUACCAGUUGUGGAAAGCAAACCAGUUGUGAAAAGCCUACCAGUUGUGAAAAGCCUACCAGUUGUGAAAAGCCAACCAGUUGUGGAAAGCCAACCUGUUGUGAAAAGCCUACCAGUUGUGAAAAGCCAACCAGUUGUGGAAAGCCAACCAGUUGUGGAAAGCCAACCAGUUGUGGAAAGCCAACCAGUUGUGGAAUGCCAACCAGUUGUGGAAAGCAAACCUGUUGUAGAAAGCAAACCUGUGGUAGAAAGCAAACCGGUGGUAGAAAGCAAACCGGUGGUAGAAAGCAAGCGCGUCACUCAACCACAACUUCCCCCAAGCCAACACUUCAAAGAAGUUAAUGUCAAUCACUUUCCACAAAAUCAGAACAAAACAGCUACUAUGUACCGCAGUCAAAGUGAAAUCAGGACAGAAAAAACUGAAGACGUGCCUAAAUCAUGGAGUAGUAGGCUCAGUAUAGACCUCACUGACAAGAGUAGUAGCUUCACCUUCCCCGGAUUUGGCAACACCCUGCAGCGAGCCAAAUCUGCAUUGGAGGUAGUCUGGAAAACAGGCUCUCAGCCCACCAGUGCCCCCACAGAGGAACCAGCCAGCUCCUCAUUCAUGGGCCGCUUUAGGACCUCGUCCCAGUCCACAGUCAAUGACUCCAGCACCACUAUCGACUCAGAUGUGUACACCGAUGCAUUUUAUUACAAGGCAGAGGAUGAGGAGCAGGGGACUGAGCAACCUGUCGACAAUGAAACACACUAUGUUGAAGUGAUGGAGCAGGUGCUUGCCAACCUCGAGAACAAAAGCAAUGCCACUGAAGAUGAGGAGGAGUACCAAGAGCAAUACCAAGAACAAGAAGGCUCUCAGGACUAUGAUAUGUCCCAAGAGGACAGCAAUAUUGUUCUGGAGUAUGACUGUAGCCUCGAUGACCAGUACGAAGAAGAAUAUGUCGAGGACUAUGAUGACAACCAAAUGAUAGAGGACACACAAGACUAUGAAGCCAUGGUUGAGUAUGUGGAUGUGAUUGAGGAUGGAGAUGAGAAUGACGAGACUGAAGACAUUGAUGAGAUUGAAGAAGUUGAGGAAAUUGAAGACACUGAGGUCAUAGAGGAAACCAUGGAGAUUACUGAGCUAGAGGCGAUCAAAGAAGGUGUGGAGCAAGAGGAUGAAAACAAAAACAUCCCUGAAACUACACCCGUUCCACCUCCAGCUGAAGCUCCACCCAAAAAGCGAGUUCGUCCAACCUUCAAAGAGGCGGCGCUGAGGGCCUACAGGAAACAGAUGGCAGAGCUGGAGCAACAGAUUCUCGCAGGAGAUAGCAAUGCUUUGGACUCACAGGGAAAUGGACUGGAUGCUUUGGGUUCACCAGGGGCUGGCAGUAUACUUUAUGGUAUUGACAGUAUGCCAGAUUUACGUCGCAAGAGGACCAUGCCUAUUGUCCGAGACCUGGCUUUGACUUUGACUGCUCGAAAGGCAGGCAUUUCGUUCGCCCUGGUGAACAGAUCUACCUUGAACAACGAGGAUCUGAAACUGCAUGUGCUUAGGAAGACCUUGCAGGCCUUAAUCUACCCAAUAUCAUCCACCACACCCCACAACUUUGAGGUCUGGACGGCGACCGCUCCCACAUACUGCCAUGAGUGUGAGGGCUUACUGUGGGGCAUCGCUCGUCAGGGCAUGCGCUGCUCUGAAUGUGGGGUCAAGUGUCAUGAGAAGUGUCAGGACCUUCUCAACGCAGACUGUCUACAGCGAGCGGUGGAGAAGAGCUCCAAGCACGGAGCUGAGGACAAGACCCAGACCAUCAUCAUGGCCAUGAAGGAGCGCAUGAAGAUCCGAGAGAAGAACAGGCCCGAGGUGUUCGAAGUGAUCCAGGAGAUGUUCGAGAUCACCAAGGAGGACUUCACCACGCACCUGAAGACAGCCAAGCAGGCCGUGCUGGAGGGCACGUCUAAGUGGUCUGCCAAAAUCACCAUUACAGUUGUGUGUGCGCAGGGCCUGCAGGCCAAGGACAAGACGGGCUCCAGCGAUCCUUACGUCACCGUGCAAGUGGGGAAGACCAAGCGCAGGACCAAGACCAUAUUUGGAAACCUCAAUCCUGUCUGGGAUGAAAAAUUCUUCUUUGAGUGCCACAAUGCCACGGACAGGAUUAAGGUGAGAGUUUGGGAUGAGGAUGAUGACAUCAAGUCACGGGUGAAACAGCACUUCAAGCGAGAGUCUGAUGACUUCCUCGGGCAGACCAUCAUCGAGGUCCGAAUGCUGAGUGGAGAAAUGGACGUGUGGUACAAUCUGGAUAAAAGAACGGACAAGUCUGCGGUGUCAGGCGCCAUUAGACUAAAGAUCAGCGUAGAGAUGAAAGGAGAAGAAAAAGUGGCUCCACCCCAUGGCCAGUACACUUGUUUACAUGAGAAUCUGUUCCACUGCCUGACUGAGGUGAAGAAUGGCGGCGCUGUGAAGAUCCCAGAGGUGAAAGGGGAUGAGGCCUGGAAGGUUUACUUUGACGACGUCUCCCAGGAGAUCGUCGACGAGUUUGCCAUGCGUUUCGGUGUGGAAUCCAUCUACCAGGCCAUGACCCACUUCUCCUGCCUCUCUGCAAAGUACAUGUGUCCAGGGGUGCCGGCGGUCAUGAGUAACCUGUUGGCCAACAUCAAUGCCUACUUCGCGCACACCACAACAGCCACCACCAACAUCUCCGCUUCAGACCGCUUCGCUGCCUCCAACUUUGGGAGAGAGAAGUUCGUUAAGCUGUUGGAUCAGUUGCACAACUCCCUGAGGAUCGAUUUGUCAAAGUAUCGGGAUAACUUCCCUGCGGGCAACCCAGAGCGUCUGCAGGACCUGAAGUCCACGGUGGACCUGCUAACCAGCAUCACCUUUUUCAGGAUGAAGGUCCAGGAGCUGCAGAGCCCCCCCAGGGCGAGUCAGGUGGUGAAGGACUGUGUGCGCGCAUGCUUGGACUCCACAUACAAAUACAUCUUUGACAACUGCCAUGAACUCUACAACCAGCUGCUUGACCAGAGCAAAAAGCAGGAUCUUCCUCGUGAAGAGCAGGGACCCUCCAUCAAGAACUUGGACUUCUGGCCCAAACUCAUCACGCUCAUGGUGUCAGUGAUUGAUGAGGACCGUACUGGUUACACACCCGUACUCAACCAAUUUCCUCAAGAGCUCAACAUGGGUCAGAUUAGUUCAGAGAUCAUGUGGAGCCUGUUUGCCCAGGAUAUGAAGUAUGCAAUGGAAGCUAGUUUGCCCAAUAUCCAAGACCAUAGCAAGCACGACAAACAUCGUCUAUGCAAAAGCACGGAGUACAUGAAUUUGCAUUUCAAAGUCAAAUGGUUCCAUAAUGAGUAUGUCCGCGAUCUCCCGGCGCUGAAGGGGAUCCCACCGGAAUAUUCUCUGUGGUUUGAGCCCUUUGUCAUUCAGUGGCUUGAUGAGAACGAGGAUGUGGCCAUGGACUUCGUUAAUGGUGCACUCGAGAGGGAUAAGAAAGAUGGCUUCCAGGUGACGUCGGAGCACGCUCUGUUCUCCUGCUCGGUGGUGGACGUGUUCACGCAGCUCAAUCAGAGCUUUGAGAUCAUCAAGAAGCUGGAGUGCCCCAACCCACAUGCUCUGGCCCACUUCAUGCGCCGCUUUGCAAAGACCAUCAACAAAGUUCUUGUGCAAUAUGCUGCAAUCCUAUCCAAGGAUUUUCCUUUGUAUUCCAGCAAAGAGAAAGUGCCCUGCAUCCUGCUCAACAAUGUCCAGCAGCUUCGAGUCCAGCUUGAGAAGAUGUUUGAGUCUAUGGGAGGGAAGCAGGAGGAAGGGGUGGUGGCCUUCUGCAAGCUGGAUCCUGAGGCCAGUGAACUGCUGAAGGAGCUCCAGAACAAGCUGAACACCGUGUUGGACCAGCUGAGCGCCGUCUUCGGGUCCAGUUUCAAGCCUGUCAUAGAGGACUGUGUGAAGCAGAUGAAUCAGGAGCUGGUUCAGAUUAAAGGCAACGUGGGCAACAAGAGUAAUGCUGCUAUGGAUGCUGAGACUGUUCUGAGGCCUCUGAUGGAUCUGCUGGACAAGAACUUGAUGCUGUUUGCCAAGAUCUGCGAGAAGACCGUGCUGAAGCGGGUGCUGAAGGAGCUUUGGAAAAUCGUCCUGAACACCAUUGAGAGGCAGAUCGUCUUGCCUCCGCUAACCGACCAGAGUCAAGGAGCUCAGAUGAUAUUUAGUGCUGCAAAGGAUUUGGGGCAAUUAACAAAACUGAAGGAACAUGUGAUCCGUGAUGAGGCCCGUAGCCUGACACCACGCCAGUGUGCAGCCAUGGAUUUAGUGCUUCCCACUAUCAAGCAAUAUUUCCACGCGGGUGGUAAUGGUCUCAAGAAGACGUUUUUGGAGAAGAGCCCUGAUCUGAAGUCCUUGAAGUACGCUCUCAGCCUUUACACACAACCCACAGAUGCCUUGAUCAAGAAAUAUAUAUGCACCCAGACCUCCCAAGGUGAGUCGUCCGCCGGAGCGGUGGGGGAGGUGUCCAUGCAAGUGGACCUCAUCUCUCAUCCUGGCACCGGGGAGCACAAAGUCGGCGUGAAGGUGGUGGGAGUGAACAACAUCAGCUGGAAGACCAACGCCAUGUUCCGGCCGUUCGUGGAAGUCAACGCCAUCGGGCCGCACCUCGCUGACAAGAAGCGCAAGUUCAGCACCAAAACCAAGAACAACAACUGGUCCCCGAAGUUCAACGAAGCAUUCCAAUAUGUACUGAGCAAUGAACACGGUCCGGAGGCCUAUGAGCUUCACGUCUCUGUGAAGGACUACUGCUUUGCCCGGGAGGACCGCGUCGUCGGCAUGACAGUCAUCCAGCUACGAGAGCUGGCUGACAAGGGAAGUCUGCCUGUCCUCUGUCCCCUCGUCAAGACCAUCUGCAUGGAUGAAACUGGCCUGACCAUCAUGAGGAUACUCUCUCAGAGGACCAAUGACGAGGUGGCUAAAGAGUUUGUGCGGCUCAAGUCCGACACAAGGUCUGCCGAGGAGGUGGCGGCGGCGGCGGAGGUGAAAAAAUGAAUCAAAACAUGCAGCGACGGAAAGCAGGGGGAGGGGGGAUCAGAGGGGGAUCCCAGCUGGCCCGAGGAGUUGUGUUGUUUGUUUUUGUGCAUGUGCGUAAAACAUCUGUUGGAAUGUUCAUUUUAAACUACAGUACGUACAAGUGUUUACCUAAUGUAUGCUCACGAUGAAGUACUAUAUUCUACAAGUUAUGUUCAAGGGAUAUUCGGUACAUUUUUGUAAGACAUUUAGUCUUUUUGAACAGAAAUUUGUUCAGAUAAAGUGCCAAACCAGAGUUAAAAAAGAUCUAAAACAGAACGAUAUAAAACUAUGGUGAACUUGGUAUCUUUUCGAAAUUUGCUUGAUUUGUCCAGUGUAUAAUCAUUCUCUUUGACCGUGUAGCGUUUUCCUCGUUAAGUCCUUUCAUUUGCACCAGUUCGUUACACAUUCCUUCACACAACACUGGUUGUGCAUGUCCUGUGUUCGACCAUGUCUCUCCCAUGAGUUCACAGUGACCACGGCAAAGGUCAUGAGCCUGCGCCCUCCAGUUCUUUGUAUUUUGAGCCAACCCUUAAAAAAAGAGACCAUUUUUUUAAACGGCGAUGACUGCUAUUUCAGACUUCAUAGGUGUUUGUAAUUUUAUAACCAUUGACAACAAUGCAGACAGCCUCCUGUGCUAUCAGUUGAACAAGAAAGGGUGGAACGGUCUUUUCUUUAAUGCCAUAUUUUAUGUUGUUGUUUUUUUUUUCAGUCAUUGGCUUCCAGCCCUUCUGAAUUAUCACUGUGAACACGAGCUUUGGAAGGCGGGCUUACAUAACAUUGCUGACGGUUUGAUAUUGUCGUUUCAUAUAGGAAAUAACUUUGUUCCUGAGAAACUGCCAAAGUUAUAUAAAAUGUUUGUACAAAAAAAAGCAAUCCAUUACCUGUAUGAAAAAAAAAUCUAUAUGUACAUGUGCUAUGAGGAUUUUUUUUUUUUUUCAAUGCUACAUAUCCAAGUGGUGAUGGGGUGAUUUCUAAAGUUUUAUUUUGGAGAGUUCUGUGAAGCUGUUAACCAAUCUGAGAGUUGUAAAUGUCGCUUUACAUACGAGUUAUAUCAGCUUCUGUCAUUUCAUUUUAUUUUUCUUUACAAUGGAAAGAGUUUAACGUUUGGUAAUUAUGCAACAUUCCUAUGUAUUGCACUGAUGGCGAAUUGUAUGUCAUGUAAAUAUACUUGGUGAUAAAUUGUAUGAGGUUGUCA